AUGCAUAGAUUACACUACUGUGUGUUCCAGGAACAAGGAGCGGACAGUCCCAGUAGGAACGUUCAAGAGGAAGAGGAGAGGAGAAAGAGAAAUCAAAGAAGGAAAAGGAGCAUCUCAUGCAUAAAAGGAGGGGCAGAUGUGAAAAGUGAAAACGCAAAAAAAGACCAGAUGGAGGCAGUGGAGACUGAAAGCAGCCCAGGUCAGAGCGGGCCCUUAGAAACGCAACAUGUGGAUCCCCAAACUGAAGGCAACCUGCCAAAAGGAGAAAACCGUGGAGAACACCACCACGAGGAUGCCAAGAUGGUGCAAGCUCAGACUCAAACAAGGAAACAUGAAGGCACAGACAAAGUCACACAAACUCCAGGUGUUGUUCAGAGCAACGAGGAAACACUGACAGACUUCCCUGCGCCAAAGCAAGACGACCCAAACAAUGAAAGGACUCCGCCUGGCACAGGCGACGCUGCAGAGACAAAGCUGAAGCAAGACGAACACACACCUGAACCCGAGCUGCAAGACGACGGCGCCGGUCAGACUCCGUCAACCAAAAGCGAAAAUCCUGACCAUGACGGAGAAGCACCAGAUUCAGCCGAGGAGCAGAACCCUGAGACAGAGGCAAGAUCUAAGGAGGAGAUUCCCUCCGCAGGUGUCUCAGGUGAUCCCUCAGAUCCUCAAGCCCAGAAACGUGCCGAACCAACGUCUUACGCCAAAGUUGUGUCCAGAGAGGGGAAGAGUGAGAAACAGUCCGAUACGGCAGCCGACAAAACAGCAGAUAAAACUGCAAAAACAGCCCAAAGCACACGUGACGGAAGCCCAGUGAGACCUCCACCUGGAGCCCCCAUGUUCACCUUUCACAUCUAUGCUGUGCUGGACAAAACGUUUAGAUUCAGCCAGGAACACGACGUGCUUGUAAUGUGUCAUGAAGGAGCGUCUCUACCUCUUGAAAAGACAUAUUUUGUUGGACUAAGGCAGGAAGGCUAUCUUGUAGAAGCAACUCUUUCCAUUGAAGAAAGCAAACUGCGGAGAGGAGACUGGUUGGCCUAUGCGUAUGGUGUGAGGCAAAGACAAAAAGAGAUAAUAGAAAUUGCCACAAGACAUAUUCGAAUUCCUUCGAACUCCAACAUUAAAGAGUUGCACCUUUAUGAAGGCUUCAUUAGUCGUCAGGAGGUGCAAAGUUUGUGGCAAGCUGGCCUUCACAUCGUUGGCUUGGGGAAAUCAAAUAGUGUGGAGACUUCAGAUGCCUGGCAGGCCUCAGCCAGAACUCUGCUGAACAGAAUCUUCCAGAAAUGGUCUCCAUCGGACAAACAGAGCACUGUGAGCCUGUGUGACAACUUGAUGCAUUUUAUGACGACUCUGGGUUCUGCACACACGAGGAUGAAAUACCCAGACAAUUCACAGCCUCCCGUGGUCAAGACCUUAGAUCUGAUUUCUGAGAGUUUGGUCCAGAUCUUAAAAGGAGAGCCAAAUGAGAAGUUCGCAGGAAGCUGCAGAAGCACCAGUCCUCUUAUCCUGGGCCUGUCUGUUUUCAUGGUUACCAGAAAGUUUAGGAUCGAACUUGGAGUGAAAGGCUGGGCUGAUCUAUGUCUCCUGGUGUCCUCAGACACCGCCAUGGAGAAGAAAAACCUGGACGCGUUGCUCAGUUCUUUCCAAAAUCUACAACAUAUAGUGUUGGGUCUGAUAAACCACUGCGCCCAGCACAUGGUGUCGGAGCUUGUGCUGCUCAUCCCUCUGCUCCUCAGACUCAGGCAGCCAGGAGCUGAUGCAACAAAAGUGGGUCCGGCUGUUGAGGAAGAAAACUGGUCAGGACUUGAGUAUGUCCACUUCAGCAGGUUCAGAGAGAACAUACAGUCCUACCCUGAGAGAAGAAGGAGCAUGAUGGCUUUGACCCAGUCGCACUUACCUAUGGCUAAAGAGACGCCUCUUCUUCUGAUGAGCUGGCUGUCUCUGGUCGCAUUUGAGGAUCUUCCUGAAUUCUCCGAUCUGACAGGAAUCCAUGCAGAACACGUGAUCCAGAGUCUGUUGUACAGGCUCCGGGAAUGUGAAGAGCUAAGGGAUACCAACAGAGCCCAGGAGAUUGUGAAGCAUGCUCACAAAACCUUGGCUCAUGUACUGCUGAAGGUAGACAAAGAGAAGGACAGAAUGACCGAAUCUGGAAACAUCAAGCCCGCCUUCAUGAGCAGCAUCAGUGUGGUGAGGAGCGUGUGCAGGAUUGUGCGCCUUGUCCCGUGGUUCCGCCCGGCAGUCCUGUCCUACCAGCUGGUGUUGAAACUGGCAGAGGUUUUGGAUGCUGCACUGAGAAAGGAGUCCAAAGAUGAUAAGUUUGAGACCUCAGAGCAGCAGCUCUCGGAGAAGCUACAUGAGGUGCAGCAGCAAAUCAUUGAGUGGCGAGACGAACUGCUGCAAAAUCCCCUUGUGUCGCCGUUAAAAACACUCGACUGCACAAAGGAAAUUGAGAUGUGGGAUGCUCUGCUGAAAGUGGAGUUCUCCACUGAAGAAGUUUCAUCCCGUUGGACUCAGAGCCUCACGAAGGACCUGAGGAAAAGGAUUUCCAAGGAGAGUGAGGAGAAUAAAGUACUGGUUUGCUGCCUUGAGCCAACCUUGGCAGCUAUAAGGAAAAGCCACAGUGUUCUGCAGACCUGUUUCGAUGAGCUGUGUCAGUCUGCUAUCAAGACAGUCUGCCAGAGAGGGCAGGCGGGGGACCUGAUGCAAAGUCUCAGCUCUAAGGUGAAAGAGCUUCCUGUUGUCAUCCUGUCCGCUGUCGUGGUUGAGUCAGCAGCACGAUUCAGAGACAACCCAGUGGUCAAGCUGCUCGAUUCGCAGUCAGCCAUGAGCCACCUACUUUUAAAAGGUGAUUGGAAGUCGAUCCGGGUGGAUGAUUCUGCAGGGCAGGUUGUACACAGCUGUGUGGUUGCAGUACACACUCUGGUGGAGUCUCUGCUUCAAGGACACGUGCCCCUGGGACACCUGCAGACCUGCCUGAAAUAUAAAGAGCAAUUUAAGAAACUCUACCUGCAGUACAAGAAAAAUACCAAAUCUGAAACCAUUCCUGUUGAUGCAGAGGUUGUUUUGGCUCAGAGAGAGAAGGAUUUGAACUCUUUCAUGCAGCGGAAGCAGCAGAUAGACACAAUGAUAAAGAUGAUAGCAAAGGUUACAGAAAGCAUCACAGUUCCUGAGAUGUCGGCUCUUGAGGAGCAGCACAGCGCAGAUCUCAAGACCGUGAGCCUAAACCAACUGUUGCUGGUUCAGUCCUUUGAUGCUGAAGAAAAGUUGAAGAAGACGGUUCCUCCUCUGGUCCUCUGGUACAAAAUCAAUCUGAAUGCCUCUAAAAUGGCCAGUGAGAUGCACAAACUGCAUUCCAGCAACCUUAUUCUAUCCUCAUGGGUCAAGGGGGCUGCAGCUCUGGCGUCAGUGAGGCAACCGUCCUUAGCUCCUGUUCCACUAACCCUAACACAGAUCCGCGUAAACAUCUGGGAGCCGCUACUGACAGAGUUCAUUCAGCUUGGUGUCAGCAUAGCAAAUGCAGACAUCACUGUGGAGCAGCUUGAUCAGGUUUUGGUGGAGUCUGGUGACCAGGGAGACGGGAAGUUAAUGAAGAAGGAGUUGAGUCUGAUGUCAGAGAUGUUUUCUGAGUCUGGGCGGUUCAAACCUGAGGAGAACUGGGUGGAGCUGAGGCUUGAUCAGAUCCAGGAGUACUCAAAACUCCACGAGGCAGCGGCUGCAGCCAGUGCGAUGCUGAAAAUCGCUGAAAAAAUGAAACUUUCCGGGAACUUCGGGGAAAUUGAUGCUCUCCGGCAACUGGAAGAAGACACCUUUAAGCAGAGAGCCCUGGCAUCCCUUACGGAUGACCUGUUUCGUGCCAAACAGCAACUCUCCACAGUCACCAAACAGCACACUGUCUGUCUUGAAGAGUUUCUAGCGAGCCAAACUCUAGUCACCUGGGUCAAAGACAACCUUAAAAAUAUGAGCGAUGUGAAGGUUUACGUCGACUUGGCUUCCAUAUCUGCUGGAGAGAACGACACAGAGAUUGACCAGGUUGCCUGUUUCCACGAUGCAGUGAUGGGCUACGCACCUCUGCUCUACUCCCUCUCCCCUCAAGCUGGCUUCAAGGAGUUCAUGAAGUGUGCUCGGCAGGUGUGGGACACCCAAAGUAGAGACGAGAAGCUAUCAGACAAAUUGAGAGAGUCUACGCGAUUACUGAGCUGGCUGAAAGCCUUGAAGGAGACCCACGGCUCUGUCGAGCAGUCUUCUCUAUCCCUGGCUUCCUCGAUUAAUUCCCAUGGAGUUUAUCACGUAGGAUGGUCUGAUGAAAACACAGAGAGGAGAUGUCUGCAAAACAUGGUACAUGUCAUGGUGAUAAGUGCCAGACAAGAGAAGAGCUACAAGCUUGAAGAGCUGCUGGAGCUACAGAACAAACUCAUGCUCAUGUCAUCCAAAGGGGAGCAUGGCAGAAAACAAGUCAACAGGUUCACAGAGGUUUUUGAAGGCGUUCAUAGACUUGGCAGCAUCCUUCUUCAGAUGCAAACGUCCGGCAAUAUGCUCUUCAGGGACUGGCAUGCCGAGGUCCAGUGCUGUCCACAACAGCAACCAUGCAUCAAAGUCACCUUCUUAUCCCUGAAGGGUAAAGAGAUGCUAUACUACGGCGAGCUGACCGAGCAGCUACAAAAGCUGGCUCACUCCAUGGAUCGCUGCCAAAAAGAAUGGCUUUCCUUCAUCAGUGACAUGCGCUCCAAGUUCAGCUUGCUGAACCACUACACCUCAGAGCAGAUGGUGUACCUGUGCUACUGGAUACACAAAGUGUGUCAACGGCAGUUGUCAGUUCCUCAACAGUUCUGGCAUUUGCUUUUUCCCAUAAAGCCUCAGUGCACGCAAAAUGAUGUCAGAGUUGCUUACGUUCAUGCAACAACUAUGGCGUCAAAGCAUGAUGAAUUAAAAGAUGCUGAGUUUGAUGAUGAAAAUCACACUGAUGACAUCAGGAAGCCUGAUGAGGACAGUCUUGAGAACCUCGGGAGACUAUUCAGGAAAGACAUGCCACAGCACUUCAGAAAGUACUUGGACAUCUCUACUCUGGCCCUCUUCCUCUCAUGCCUCUCUGAAAUGAACCAGCAAAACCUGAUCAGGAUAUUUCCACCAAUUCUCCAGGAGGGAAAACCCAAUCUUUUGCUUUGUCCCAGUGCAGAAAUUUUUACCAUCAUCCUCUCUUUUUACAUGAAGAGUCCAGAGCAGCCUCUGCCAUCUGCUGACGAGGUUCUAGUCUGCAGAGAAGAGACCACAGAGGAGGAGGUGGAGAUCUUUCUCCGCCGAGCUCUCGGCCAAUACUCCAAACAAAACUGUCAGAAGAUAUAUUCUCUUGUCAAUCCAGGGCUCCUCGGAUAUGAUGUCAGUGUGGCCUUGGGGGACCACUUCGAGGUCCUUGAGAGAAGUGCCAGCCCACAUUAUCGUUUGGUAAUAGUCAGUCCAGUUGAACACCAGCACAGAUAUGUGCCGUUUUUCUUCAGCAAUGACAAAGUACAGGCUGGUAUGAGUCUAACAGCAAAGGCUGCAGGGAAAUACCUGCAUCACCAUUUCACACAAAAGACACUCCAGCAAAACACUGUCACACUGGUUUCUCCAGAUCGGCUGUCGGUCUGGAUGGUGUCAUCUGUACGCCCUGCAGUUGGGAAAUCCCUUUAUGUGAAUCGUUUGUUUGAGAAGUUCCAGCAGAUAUCUCCCAGAGCAGAACACAUCAGGAUCAGACUGAUUGAGCCAUGCGUUGAUAUAGACUCCUUGGUUAAGAGCCUUUCAGAGAAACUGGCAACCCUGAGAGAGCAGGUCCCUGUACUCCUGCACAUUGACACCGCUGGAGUUCGUUCAGGCCUGGAGGAGCUCCUAUUCCAUCUGUUAGUUCUGGGGUGUUUGACCGACAGCCACGGCAUGCUUUGGAGAAGGAAUGUAACUCACUUGAUCAUUGUUGAGGUCCUGAACACAUGCACAUCCCCUCAAAACCAGCCAAAACAGAUGAGGCUUGGACUUCUGGACAUUCUGCCUACCAUCCGUUGUAGACCUCCAAAAGAGGUGAAGCAGUUGUUGGUGAAUCAAAGCGUUUUAACAAAACAGACCUUUGAUCCACUCAUGGAUAAGAAGGAGUUUUACAGUGAGGGGAUUCAAAGACCAUAUCAAUACUUAAAGCUGUACAACAACAAUAAGAAUCUGGACCAUUUUAACUACCACGAAGGAUCCAGAGUGGGGGAUCCCAUUGAUUGUCUCAAAUACUUCCUACUCUACUGUGGAAUGCAAGAUCCAUCUUGGGCUGAGCUGAAGAACUUCUCCUGGUUCCUCAAUGUGCAGCUGAAAGACUGUGAGAACUCAAUUUUCUGUGAUCCAGAUUUUCUGGCUGACCAGCUCCCUGGUUUCAAGGGCUUCAUUGUGAAGUUCAUGAUUCUAAUGGCAAGAGACUUUGCCUCGCCCUCUCUGAACACAUCUGAUGAAAUCCCCACGCUGCAUACUGAAAACAGUCCAGAGGAUAACCUUCUUGCCCGUCUGACAAUUCGCAAGCAUUGGGAAAAUGAGUCUCAUCCAUACAUUUUCUUUAAUGCAGACCGAUUCUCAAUGUCUUUUUUGGGGUUUAAUGUGAAAACAUGUCAUCGGCGGAACACACUCAAUGCAGUUGAUCCUCACAGCAAUAAGGUCUUGAUAGAGGAUGUGAUGUCACAAAAACUUUUUCAAGGUUUGGAACGGCAAAGAAUCUCUCUCACUGAGGACUUUGAUCAGUUGCCCCGGCAAGCCAAAAUCAAAAGGAUUUCAUGUGUUGUUGGUGCAAAGAAAGGCAUGAUGGACAAUGAAUUUGAUCCAGACCCAACAUAUGAGCUCACUGCUGACAAUGUGAUGAAGAUGUUGGCCAUAAACAUGCGAUUCCGGUGUGGAAUUCCAGUUGUCAUCAUGGGAGAGACAGGCUGUGGAAAAACCAGACUGGUGCGUUUCCUUUGUGCUCUGCAGAGGGAGGAAAGACCAGUAGAGAACAUGGUACUUGUCAAGGUACAUGGUGGCACUACAGCAGAGAUGAUCUACAGAAAGGUGAGGGAGGCAGAGAUACUUGCUGCGAAGAACCGUAGAAUAUACAAUCUAGACACCAUCUUGUUCUUUGAUGAAGCCAACACCACAGAGGCCAUUUUUGCCAUCAAGGAAAUCCUGUGUGACCAGUCAGUGAAAGGGAAACCUCUGAAAGCAGACAGUGGCUUAAAAAUAAUAGCUGCUUGCAAUCCUUACAGGAAGCACUCACGUGAAAUGGUGGAACGUUUGGAACGUGCAGGAUUAGGAUACAGGGUGAGGGCAGAUGAAACAGAAGAUCGCCUUGGCAAAGUCCCACUGAGGCAGCUGGUGUACAGAGUUCACCCGCUGCCACCAAGCAUGGCUUCUUUGGUGUGGGAUUUUGGUCAGUUGAGUGAUUCGACUGAACUUUCCUACAUCAAACAGAUUGUCCAGAAGAAAGUUGCUGACCAUUCUUUGCCAGUUGCCUGCAAGAACAUCAUUUCAAAUGUGCUGGCAGCCUCCCAGAAGUACAUGCGAAGUCGGAAAAAUGAGUGCAGUUUUGUGAGUCUGAGGGAUGUGGAGAGGUCUAUGAAAGUGUUAAUUUGGUUUUACCAGCAUAGUGAGGUCCUUUUCAGCAACUGCUCUCAUCUCAAUAAGAAUGAGAAAACACUGAAGUGCCUGAUUCUUGCAGUUUGUGUCUGCUACUACCCAUCUCUGGUGGCCAAAGAGGAGUACCUUGCUGUAAUUGGUCGGUACUUUCCAGAGCCUCUCUGCUCUUCAACAGCUUUGCAGAAAGAGAUUUCAUCCUGUCAAGACUUCUUCCUGCAGAACGUACAGACAAGGGAAACCAUAGCCAAAAAUGUAGCACUCAAAGAGAAUGUGUUCCUCAUGGUGGUUUGCAUUGAGCUCAGGAUCCCACUCUUUCUGGUUGGUAAGCCAGGCAGCUCUAAAUCACUUGCUAAAACAGUGGUUGCUGAUGCCAUGCAGGGCCAGAACUCCCACUGUGAACUAUUCAAGAAACUCAAGCAAGUUCAUAUGGUCUCCUUCCAGUGCAGUCCCCACUCAAGUCCAGAGGGCAUCAUAGGGACAUUCAGGAACUGUGCCCGGUUUCAGAAGGACAAAAACACGGAUGAGUAUGUAUCAGUGGUGGUGCUUGAUGAGAUUGGACUAGCAGAAGAUUCUCCUCAGAUGCCCCUGAAGACCCUUCAUCCUCUUUUGGAGGAUGGGUGCAUUGACAAUGACAAGCCAGAACCAUACAUGAAGGUUGGCUUUGUUGGCAUCUCAAACUGGGCUCUUGACCCAGCAAAGAUGAACAGAGGAAUAUUUGUGUCCAGAUGGGAUCCGAGUGAGGAUGAACUUGUGGAAACUGCCAAAGGAAUCUGUUCGUCCUCCAAUCAAAUUCUACUGAAAAUCACACACCUCUUCCCACCUUUGGCAAAGGCCUUCUUGAACAUCUGUAAUGAUACCUCAAAGAAUCAGUUCUUUGGUCUAAGGGAUUAUUACAGCCUCAUCAAAAUGCUCUUUGCCGCAGUCAAAUCUACACAACAAGAGCCAGAUGGUGGACAGUUAGUGGAGGCCAUCUUAUGUAACUUCAGUGGACAGCCAGAGGAUUUUGACCCUGUCAUAUUUUUCCAAGAGGUUCUCCAAAACUUUACAGAAAUUCCCAGACCAAGCACCUUGUCAAUGGUGAAAAAGAAUCUUGAUCAUGAUACCAACCAUGAGAGCCGUUACCUCCUAUUGCUGACCACCAACAAUGCAGCUCUCCAUAUCCUUCAGCAACAAGUCUUUGCCAAAGGGGAAUAUACACGGCCUGAAAUAGUCUUUGGCUCGGGAUUCCCAAAGGACCAGGAAUAUGCCCAAAUCUGCCGUAAUGUGAACCGAGUGAAAACAUGCAUGGAGACUGGUCGUACUAUCAUCCUCCUCAACAUGCAAAAUCUUUAUGAAAGCCUGUAUGAUGCCCUGAACCAGUACUAUGUUUACCUCAGUAAGCAGCGAUACGUGGAUCUUGGUCUUGGCUCCCACAGAGUUAAAUGUCGUGUCCAUACAAAUUUCAGACUGGUGGUGGUGGAGGACCAGAAGAAGGUCUAUGAGCACUUUCCCGUGCCCCUCAUCAACAGGCUUGAAAAACACAGGCUGGAUAGGAGUACUGAUCUGGAGCCAUGGCAACACAGGGUUCUUCACAAACUGAAGGAAUGGGUGAAGGAGUUCUCAGGUGAGGCCCCAGAGGAUUUCAAGCUGUCUGAAAUUUUUGUCGGCUUCCAUGGCGAUGCCUGUGCCAGCGCUCUCUUGCAAGCGCUUGAAGGGAGAGCACAAAAAGUUGAAGACAGUCCAGGAAGACAGCAUCAACAGGAUGGAAAAGGUGACUCAUUGGAAGGAGAUGAACCAAACAAAACACUUGAGUCAAAUUCUAACGUGCAGAAAGAGGUAACUGACAAGGGGAUGCAGUUGGGGGAUGCAGUGGAAAUAGAGAUUGCUGGAAAAGAGCAGGGAAUUGAGUCAGAGGGAAAGAUUGAUGAUGAAUCCAUUCAGAUGUGUGAUGAUACGAACAAAUUGAAUUCUGAGAGUGAAGCAAUGACAGAGACAGAAAACAAUGUUCGGUCUGCUGGGGAAAAUGAGGAAGAAGAAGUCUUGGAUUUAGCCAAAUGUCUCCUGUUGAACUGUGCCACCCCUGACGCCGUGGUGAGGCUCAAGUAUUCAGAUUUGUCAAAACAGGAGAGGGAGAAAAUUCAGAGAAUGUACUUCCAGCAACAACGUCACCACUCACUCCGAGAUUUCCUUAAAGAUUGCUUUAACAAGACUCAGGAGUCCACCAAGUUCCUAGAGAUAACUACAUUCUCCAGCUUGUUAACCAGAUCAGAUGUCAAGGUUGUAGCCGAUGCUCUAGGACUGCAUACGGACAGGAUCCUCCUGCUUUCGCUCCACCAGUUUGACACUGAAGUCUCCUUCUGCAACAAGAUACGGGGCUUCCUUCAAGAUGCUAGCCGGUCUCUUCACAUCCUGUUAAUCCAGAUGGACCUUGAGGAAUCCCAAUGCAGUGAUGAGCUCAUAGCAUCAGCAAAAUAUUGCACCAUGAAUUACAUGAUGUCACUGGAGGAUCAGACCUGUUGGGUGAUUUUCACUGUGAAGGUUUCUAGGAUCCCAAGUCAGUCUCAGUACAUUGGUUUCCAAGGAGGAAUCUGGCAGUCAGUGCACAUUGAUGACCUGAGGGAUUCAGAGGACAUGAGCCGGAACCUGUUGGUUUUCUGUGGAACUCUCAUUAGCAACCUGCUCAACCCUGCACUGUCAGAACACCAUGGAGAUGGAAAAAUGGUGAAGAAAAGAAAAACCUCUGAGGCGGAAAAAGCCCACCUCCACAGCCUCUCCUUGGUGAGAUCAUGUAUCCAAAAAGCUGUCGGUUUGCUGAGGGACCCUGAUCGUCUGACAUCACGAGGCAUGCAACGGAUGCACAUCCUUCUGACUCUUUUGGGAACUGGUCAAGGGCACAUAGCAGUUCACUUUCAGAGGGUGUUGUUGAGUAGACUGGCUGUGGCCGUGGCACAGAGAGAAGAAAGGAUGGGCGCUCCUAAGGAGUGGGUCAGCAUAGAAGCCAAGAAACGGCAGGCUCUACAAGAGGGGGGAACUUUGAGACAUACCCUGUGGCGCUGUCUUCAGUCCACCGUGACUCCGAUCUUGGCCAGUAUGUUGGAAGUUAUGGACAGGUAUGCAAAUCUGGACCUGCUCUUUGAUCAAAGGCUCAGCCAGGGCCUGAUAAAACUGUGGUUGGACCUCCUGGCAGAUUCACAGAUUUUAGACCUGACACCUCUCCAAAAACCAAGUGAGUCUGACCAGGAGGUGCUUGUGCACGACUACUUCAUGCUGGAUGGUGAAGAACAACCCUGCUCUGCCCCGUUCGGCUGGCUCGUCAGAAUGCACCUCGAAAGCCUGUGGGAGGAAUCUGAGUUCAUGCCAGUAACUAAAGAGGAUGGCACAGAGAGGGUUCUCCAGUUUGUGAGCACCUUCAACAACAGCAGGCUGGGCAGUCACUUACAGAAACUCUCAGACGGGGAGCGAUUGGAGUAUGGCCGUCACUUCCUGCAAGACUUUCUGCUGCUUUCUUGGGAGAUAAAGACGAGGGAUGAGCUAAGGGUGUUCACCGGGGCCAUGUUGGGCUGCAUGUCUGAGCUUCAGACGUCCAUGGGUGCCAUCCCUGACCUCUCUCCUGCCUGGAUAAUGGCUGCCGCCAAACAUUUUGCACCCAGACUGGACACGCUCUGCCACAUAUUUCAGCUGCAGCCCCAGCUAGCUACUGAUGUCUUUCAGCAGGGGUCAAAGAGGGAGCCCCAGGGAAUGGUGGAGGACAUUUUAGCUCUUGGUAUCUGUGUGGAACAGACCAAACUACUGACCGCAACGUCCCUGCAAGAGUGCGAGUCCUUUGUGAGCAGAGUGGAGUUUCUGCAGCCUUGUCUAGACAGAGCGUUUGGUCACAAAUACGCUGCCCUCUGCAGCCCUGGCUGCCUGCAACGUCUGGACUCCAUCAGGUCGCUGUGGCAUGGGAUGCUCGUUGUUACAUCUUUCAUCCAGCACGUAAUGUUUGAAGUUAGAGAGAAUGACUUGCGAUUGAAAGAAGUGGCUCUCAAACACUGCAACCUUCACCUGAACCUGAUGCAGGAGUCGACGGAUGUAAGGAACGUGGACACACUGCAGCGGCUGAUCCGCAUCCUCAACUCUUUCCACGAUGAAUGUAUCAGCGGGGAGCUGAGGUUUGGCAUUUCUUGCCCAGUUUGCUUGUUGGAGGUCAGAGAGCCGUCCGUCCUGCCCUGCCGGCACAUCUUCUGUCUGCCGUGUCUCCAACACUGCCUUCAGCCCCACAGGCGUUCUUGCCCUAAAUGCAGGGCAGAUGUGCCACCCAGCUUCAAGCCGACUGUUUCUCGCGCCAUCAAGGAAGCGCUUCGGCAGCAUGCAGCGAUCAGGGACUGCUGUAACGCCUUCUUCCUGGAGGUGGUGUCCAGGUUCUGUCUCUCAGAGGGGCAGAGGCCCGGAGAGGGACUGGUGGAGCUCCUCUUCUCAUUACUCGUCUCUGAUAACGGAGAUGUGUACAGGACCAGAAAACUCACUCCCUUCCUAGAGUGCGUGGAUAACAAUCCGGUGGUUCGAUCCGUGCUGCCGAAACUUUUGCUGCAAUACAGUUUUGACCAGGCAAAGGCUCACAUUCAGACCUACCUGAGGAAUCUGCAGGAGAACCUUCUGGACAGAGAGGACCACACCGAACUCUACCUGCUGUUCGUCAACUGUUUCCAGGACUCUCUGAUGUGCUCGGAUGCGAAAGAAGUAGAAGAGAGUAGAGAGCAACGAAGGCAAGCAGAAAUCAGAUUCCUGAGCAGGUUCGCCAGGAAACAGACUCCAGGCAGGCAAGAAGACCCGGCGGAGUUCCUGCUCAACAUAGCCAGGCUGAGAAUAUGCAUGAGCACUGCUGCCCGGCUGCUGGAGAAAGCCGCAGUUCAAGGCCGAAGUGACGAGGUGGGGGCUCAGUACCUGCUGCAGGUGAGGGCGGUGUGUGAGUACCAUGGUAAUGACUGGCCCAGGGUGUACCUGCUGCGAGCCCUCCACAGACUCUCCGGUAUGGACUGCAUACUGUCCCUGAUGAAUAGUCCAGCCUGGAGAUGGCUGUUCCCUGCAGAUCUCAUUCGACUCCAGAGGUUGGUUCCGACUAAUGUGGACCAGUUCCUCUGCUGUGGGACGCCUUACCGAGCUAUGAGAGACGCCGUGACCCAGGUUCUGCUGGAAAACAGAUCAGACGCCUUCAAGACAGAACUACAGAAGCUGAAAGGCUCUCAGAUCAGCCUCCUGGCCCUGGCCUUGUUCAGACGCGUCACCUGCUGCUACAGAUCACCUGACGUCAGCAUAUGUCCCUUCUCACAGGAGACGACAAGACUGGCAGAGCUCCUGAAAAACAUCGAACCCAGGGAGUUCAGGGAGUUCUGCACUUCACUUCUGCGGAAUCAGAUUGGUGGACCGGGCUUGGGUCUCCAAAUCGACCCGAAUCUUUCGGCUCAGAGACAAACCCUCCUGGAGCUGCUGGUCCAUCUGGACUCUGUGCUCCUCAGCGGAAAUCCUUUACUGGUUCCUCUCUACCAGAUAGCCUCCCAGCCUCAGAAUGUGACACACUCCUUUCUACCAACUAUGCCCGAUGACCACACAAGUGAAGCCAGACAGUGGCUGAGUAAAGAGCAGAGACUGCAGAUGUACACCUGCGCCAAGGGACAUGUAUGCUUUGUUGGUGAGUGUGGUAGACCGGUGGUUGUAUCUAAGUGUCCUGACUGUGGACUUCCAAUUGGUGGGGUGCAACACAACCCAGUCCAGGGGUUUUCCCAACACACAGAAACGAGGGAUCAAACUCGGACAGGACACAUAUUAGGAGAGGCCGAUCGGAGGUCUGAAGCCCCUGAAAGACAGAUGACUUCUGCUCAGUCCUGCGUCCUGCGGCUGCUUACGCACCUCGCCAUGCUUCAAGGCACCAUAAGAAACCAGAGAGGAGUUCAUGACAUGAUCCACCCCAGGCCAGUUAAUGUUUCCAACUUCCUGUGGAACCACCUUGAAAAGGACAUGAGAGUGUUGGGCCAGACUUUGAAUCAGAACAUGGACGGGGCGACAGUUACAGUUCAUUUGAUUCUCAAUGUCUGCACAGAAGUCACUGCAGGUUCCCGAGGUGCAAGACCUGAUCUGUCCUCCAGACAAGGACGGCAGCAGUGGGAGAAGCUCGUCUGUGAUUCUGCCAUCAACCCAGUGCUUCAAAACUUGCAGAAGAAUCUGGCUGAAGCUCAGGACAGAAUCAGUGCUGAUGAUGGACUCAAUGGAAACCCCCUGAUGAACCUUCUCUUCGGGGAUCCUGGGAACAUGUUGUCCCUCCCCUCCGACUGCCCGACACACCGCUCCUCCUUCUGGACUCUCCAUGAGAUGAUGACAGUGGAGCGAUUGUCUCAGUUGGUCGGAGAAGCGCAGGGACGCAGCGCUCUGCCGCUGCUGGUCACCUUCCUCAAGAAGAUACACUGUGUGAGACAGUUACACCACCUGCCUGAGCUGGCUGCUUUACAGUCAGACCUGCUGAGGGUGUUUCCUCUGACGUCAGACUCUGCACCUCAGACUAUAGCACUGAUGUUACAGCAGAUACCAGGGGGGCACCAGAAGAAGAUGCUGCUUGAGAGAGUGAAGCGAUUCCUCAAAGUGUGGAACUGCCUCAGAGCAGAGGUGGCAAACAACUCAGCGGACUUGGGUGUGGAUGUGAACUUGUGUGAGAAGGAGGUGACAACAGAGAGCUCUGGGGAAUUUCUGACACCGUGCCGACAUGGACCGGGGUCAUGUCUCCGAACUCUGGUGGACUUCCUGUUGGAGACUCACAACAGCCUGGUGAGAGAGGCCAGGAGAGUGAGCCGCCAAGAGGACAGUGAAUACAAUGUUCCGUUGGAAAGGGUAUCAGAAACCCAGCUGACCCUUUGCAACCCAGAGAGAGAGCUGCUCCCUUUGGUUUUAGCCCACUGUCACUACACCUUGAAGAAAGGCGGGGAAACGGACAGCAGCUACGAUCUGCCAGGGAUCCAAACCCAGCUGGCCCGCCGCUUCAUGGCUGGAAAACCACUCAUCCAAGCGGACACCUCCAGGUACCUGAAUAGACACCUGCAGGAUUUCUCUGUGGUUCUGUCCGAGGUCAGAGGAAAGAUUCGUCAGGAACCGCUGAAGGGUUCAGUGAGCAGUGCCAUGAGAACGGUGCUGCGUUCGUACACAGAUGUUUGCGAUGCUGUGUUCGUGGUGCAGAUUGGCCUUCGCUUCCUCGGCAAGACGGGCGGGGACCCUCAGGGUCAGCUGUUGUCCUACCUCACUGAUUCUCUGCAGAUGCGCCCACAGAUUUCCAUCACUGUAGCCAAGGGUCUCGGAGAGAGCAAACUGGAACACAGUAUAUUCACCUGGCAGCUCCUGACUUGUUGGAAAUCUGAGCUCAUGUUGAGCAGAAAGCAAGACCCAUUUCAAAAACUCCCCUCAGAGUUCCGGCAGAAGCUGUCUGAGGACGAGAAGAAAGGUGUACAGGCUUUCCUGGCUGUCACGGAUGUCGACACUUUCUCUUUGGAGCUGCAUGAAAUUCUGCUGCUGAAGACGGGCGAUGCCCUGGGUUACCAACCACACUGGGACAUCAGGUCCACCUUAGAAAACCAUUUGGAGCAGAAAGACCUUCCACCUCUGCUGGGGCUCGAGUUUUUACCGGAGGAGAUCACGCUGGGACAAGGAGCUGACGUGUGGAGGGCAGCUGUGCUGUUUAAAAGAAGAUAGAUUAUUUCUACAGAGAGAUGAAUUAUUUCAGAUCAUUUUCUUUUAUGUGUUUCUGUUGUUAUUAAUGUCUAUGAUAGAAUAUUUGAAUUAAGAUAGACUGUCGAUAAUUAAUCCAUUCCAAACAUGGAUGGAUCACCGAAUGGGCCUACCCGCCAAAAGGGCCAAAAUCAAUCUGGGGGGUCCCACGAGGAAGGGAUGAGGGGCCAUUUACCUGUCUGUGCCAAGGGGCCGUUUUUAAAAAAAGAAAUCUAUGAUUGUAUAUGAAAAACAUUCAUUCUGAUGAAAUAUUGUAAAUGUUUAUAAAUUUGAGAUGCCUUACAUGUUCAAGGUUCAAAUGAGAGAGAAAGUGGUAUUUUUCUUUAAUCAUGAUGUUAUGUUCCUUCUGUUAAUGAGGGGUCAGGAAACAAUUAUUAAAUCAACAA